GCUGCUGCUGCUGGAUGCUGUACGGUGCAGCAGCUCGGAUCCAGUUGAGGAUUUCAGGAUGGAAACGUGAGGAUGGAAAUGCUACUGGAACCCCGUAUUCUCGUUUUGAUAGCCCAGAAGAACAUCAGUGUUCUCUUGUGAUGCUUAUUUGAUCCAUUUGCUUUACUCCAUAGAGAAACGCUCCCGCCGGUCGAAGACGCUCCUGAAAGGAUUUUAUUGAUACGCAUCUCUCCAGAUCAGGUGCGCCGGCGUCUCCUUAACUUACCUGGGAUGAUGAUGAUUUCUGCUCAUUUCUGACUGUGAGCGGCAGCGCACAGAGGGGGGGAUGUGGAUUUCAAUUUCAAAGUUUGGGUCUUCUCUUGCUGUGGGUUUCUGAGAGAGGGGGGCAUGGCUUAUGCUGAUUGGAGAUGCACGCGCCUUGUUUAACCGACUUAAUUCUGGAUGGAUGCUGUCGCUGUGAUCGCGGCUCUUCUGGCAGAUGAGUGUGCAUUUGAAUUCUCACUGUGGGAACCUAUCGCGUUCACAGCUCGCUGUGUUGUGUUUUCCGCCGGGACUGUGGUCCUGUCUCGCGGAAAGUUUGUGACUGGGACGCGGCGGAACAUGAAGGCAGCGCACAGUGGAUCUCUGUGAGCUCUGUGAAUUUCCUUCCGCACGUGGUUUCAACAUAGCGUGUCAUUUGCUAAUGGAUUUACAGUUCGAGGGUUCAUGAAGAAUGUGUUUCCGAAGUGGAUAUUCCUCCACGAGCUGGAGGGGAGAGCAGCGGACACUUCCUGGAACCACAGGUGUUCUAUACAAACAGUGACGCCAAAACCCAAAAUGCCGAGUUGUGGGUAGAGAGCCGACCUGCAUCUACCUCCCUGCAACCCCUCUCCUCGUCAUUUCCUCGUUCCCGUUUCCCUGCUUUCUUUUGGCAUCCUUUUGUCAACGCUUUUACUCCCUUUUAUUAAUACUUGUUUUAUUUUAAUCUCUAAGUUGAUCUGUUUUCAGCUCCAUCACUAUUCUCACACCUGCUGCCCACCUCGUUUUAUUGUGAACCUCCACCCUAUUCUCCUCUCUUCCCUCCCCAGACCCACCACCUCCUCCUUUUCCUCCCCCUACAGCACACAUGCAGGCCAAGAAGAGGUACCUGCUUGUGUCUGUGGGGGCCGGUCUUCUCUUCCUCAUAUAUCUGUGGGGUCUGCAAAUUGGGGAGUUCCAACAGCAGCCAUACCAGUAUCAUCAGUUUCCCCAGUACCCCCUGUAUCAUCAGUACCACCAACAAGAAUACCAGUACUACCGCCAAAGUAAGGAAGUGUACUACCAGCCCCAGCCAUUGCCCCAGAGAAAUCCAUCCAGACCACCCAGACACUGGCCGGAGUCGACCAAGCUGCUGGAGCCGUAUUUGGAGGGAGGAGAGCAGGAGGAGGACACCCCUCAGCUCCAUCAUCAGCACACCUCCCCUCGUGAACGACGGGCGAUCCGUGACAACAUCUACAAGAACAAGCGCUGCCGCAUGGAAACCUGCUUUGACUUUGCUCGCUGCCAGUCGGGAUUCAAGGUUUACAUCUACCCUCAACAGAGAGGCAGCGAGAUCUCAGAGACCUACAAGAAGAUCUUGACCUCCAUUGAAGAGUCCCGGUUCCACACCACAGACCCUUUGAGGGCCUGUCUCUUUAUUUUAGCUGUGGACACAUUGGACAGGGACCAGCUCUCAGUGCAGUACGUCCAAAACAUUAGAUCGCGUAUCCAGAACCUACCCACGUGGAACGAUGGCAGGAAUCACCUCAUAUUCAACCUUUACUCUGGGACUUGGCCGGACUACACUGAGGAUUUGGGCUUUGAGGUGGGACAGGCCAUGCUGGCCAAGGCCAGUGCAGAUGUUGUCAACUUCCGACCUAACUAUGAUAUUUCCAUCCCUCUAUUCUCAAAGGAUCAUCCGCUAAAAGGAGGGGGCAUAGGUUAUCUGACACUUAACGAUGCACCACCUUCCAGGAAGUACCAGCUGGUUUUCAAAGGGAAAAGGUACUUAACUGGUAUAGGUUCGGAGACCAGGAAUGCUUUGUAUCACAUCCACAAUGGGGAAGAUAUUAUUCUGCUGACGACAUGUAAACAUGGCAAAGACUGGGAGAAACAUAAGGACUCACGCUGUGACAGAGAUAAUGAAGACUACUCAAAGUUUGACUACCAGGAGCUACUUCAUAACUCUACCUUCUGCCUGGUGCCACGGGGCCGGCGUCUUGGAUCUUUCCGCUUCCUGGAGGCCUUGCAGGCUGCAUGUAUUCCAGUUAUUCUAAGUAAUGGCUGGGAGCUUCCCUUCUCUGAAGUAAUUGACUGGAGGAAAGCCGCCAUCAUUGGCGAUGAGAGGCUGCUAUUACAGGUUCCCUCCAUUACCCGGUCCGUGGGCCAUGACAGGAUCUUGGCUCUCCGCCAGCAAACUCAGUUCCUCUGGGACGCCUACUUCUCCUCCAUAGCCAAAAUAGUCUUAACAACUCUUGAGAUCAUCCAGGACCGCGUGGACUCCCUUACAUCCAGAAACCGUUUGUUGUGGAAUUCCCUACCUGGUGGUCUGUAUGCAUUCCCUCAGUACUCAACUGACGCCGCCCAGUUUCCUUUUUACUAUGCUCUACUGGGUAACAGCCCAUCGCAGCAGUUCACCACUGUGAUCCAUAUGGUAACUCCUCUGCAGUCCCAGAUAUCCCCUGUGGUGAAGCUCAUCAUCGCUGUAGCCAAGUCCAAGUUCUGUGCACAGAUUGUGGUUUUAUGGAACUGCGACAAGCCUUUACCUCCUAGAAACAAGUGGCCCUCCACCAGUGUGCCUCUCACUGUCAUUGAAGGACAGACCAAGACGAUGAGCAGUCGUUUUUUCCCCCAUGACGCCAUCAUCACCGACGCAGUCCUCAGUCUGGAUGAAGACUCUGUUCUCUCAACCAAUGAGGUGGACUUUGCCUUCACUGUAUGGCAAAGUUUUCCCGAGCGUAUUGUUGGUUAUCCAGCAAGGAGCCACUACUGGGAUAGUUCCAGAUCACGCUGGGGCUACACUUCCAAGUGGACCAAUGAGUACUCCAUGGUCCUUACAGGAGCAGCUUUUUACCACAGAUACUAUCACUACUUGUUCACUCACUACAUACCGGCUAGCCUGCUGACAAUGGUGGACCGCAUGGCUAAUUGUGAAGACAUCCUGAUGAACUUCCUCGUUUCGGCCGUGACCAAGCAACCUCCAAUCAAAGUCACACAGAAGAAGCAGUACAAGGAAACCAUGAUGACCCAGGGCUCCAAGGUGUCAUCUCGUUGGGCUGACCCGGACCAUUUCGCCCAGCGACAGAGUUGCAUGAACGCCUUUAGCCACUGGCUAGGUUUCAUGCCCUUAGUGCACUCCCAGAUGAGGUUGGACCCAGUGUUGUUCAGAGACCAGGUUUCCAUCCUGAGGAAGAAGUACAGAGACAUUGAGAGGUUGUGAACACACAAGGACACGACAAAUCACAGUAGAGGCUGGAGAGCUGUGUGUGUGUCCUGAAUGACUGUUUAUGAGGCUAUAAAGGAAAAUUCACACAUGCACUAGACAUAAAAGUGAUAAAACACUGAGGUAUCUGCAAGACCUUUAAAUGCAAAUUUCUAUGGGAAAAAAAAAGCUUCUGUACAUGUGGUUGGUUACAGUGAUCAACUGUGCAUAGCUGCCAUCUGUGACAAUACACAUAAUAUGAAUGCAUGUAGACACAUGCAACAAAGACUUGGACACAUUCAAGCUGACCACGUGUACGUAUGUGUUGCAUGGUUUAAACAAGACAAGACUGUGUUUAAAAAAAAAAAAUCAAGUAUGUCUACAGUGGAAGUUGACAAACGGCUAAAGAGAUUCGAGGUUGUAUUCAUGAAGUCAGUAAUUAAAGAAAAGAGUUUGUGUAGACAAAAAGGAACAAGCUGUUCUUUCUGGCCACAUCACAGCUAAUGGCCCCAAAACACCCAGAGACGAUGGCAGUGCACCUCUUGUAUAUUACUGUAGAUUUGCAGCAGCAGUUCCUGUAUGAAGCAAAUAAAAAAUAAAAUAAAGAGAUGUUAUGUUAUAA